AUGUUUCUGCAGAAAAAUGAUAAAUCUAACCCCAAUGAAGAAGAAUUACCAAAUGGACUACACAAUGGACAUGCCUACAGCAUUACUGGAUUUUACAGAAAAGUAAGAUUUCUACAAUUGUUUAGAAAAUAUAAUCCAUCGUAUAUACCAAUGGACAUGGUUUUUUAACUGACCCCCCCACCCCCAACCAAACCCUUCCCCGCCCAAUUAUAAAACAUUCAAACAUAAAUUAGAUUUUAAAAAAAAAAUCAUGUUAUCAACAAAAAUUAAUUUUCAAAAUGUCUCGUUGGUGAAAGAUCUAUAUAGAAUUUUAUGAAGAAAUUUCACAAACCUUACAAAAGCAAAUAAUAAAAUCUUUUAAAACGAAAGGAGAUUCUGUAGUGGUGUCAAUAAAAUACGUCAUCACAGUUUGUUGGGUAUAAACAUGGUUUACAUUUGGACUUGUAAUUACUAAAGUUUACUCCGCAUAUUUUCAGUACGUGAAAAAAACAAAAGAAACAAUUAGAAAGGACUUACAAAAACUUCCUCAUGUUGAUAAAAUAAUUCCAUGAAAUAGGCCUGAAGCAACGUGCAGUCAGUCGCACAUACCUUACCAACUAGUCUUUAUGUGUCCAUAACUAAAUGCUACUUGUAGUUUUAGUUUUAUUCUUGUAAUCUUCAAUUGCAUCUCUGGGCUUUAGGGCUCAAGCAGCACUUUCGAACGACUAUUUUAAUAUAAAAUAUUCUCAAUGUUUAUAGUUACCAAAUGAUCCGCGACAGUCCGGACUCUACUUGUUGCGUCUGAGGAAUCCGUGGGGCAAAUGGGAGUGGAAAGGACCUUGGAGUGACCGGUAA